AUGGCGGCCGCGGGAGAUCCUCUCCAAGGUCAAGCAUGUCCAAGCCAAGCCUGCCGGCCAUCCUCGCGGGUGACUGCCUCCGCGGUGACGAUGGCGGCCUCGUCGUCCCCGGAGGCCACGACGCCCCUCAAGGCCGACCUCCGCCACGUGAGUGAUCCGUCGAUCUCGUCUCUCCAACAGUUCGGUUCUCGCCGCUUCGAUUCCACAAGAUAUUGUGUACCACUUCGGUGUUCCGGAUGCAUGCACGAGUUCGACCUGCACAAGCCACCGGUGCUGCAGGAGGUGGUGGAUUUCUUCAAUGGCCACGGAAUCGAGGACUUGACCUUCAGCAGGGGCAGGGUGAAGGUACGGCUCAUGCAAUGUUCACUCGCUUCGCCGUCAGUUGUCAAGGGCUGCUCAUAUCUGUCAGCCCCGUAA